AUGGCCAUGAGAUCUGAUAAAUCCUUCGAAAGUCUCCUCUCGCCCUAUAUGUCACUGACAUCUCCUCGGUCCAAACGAAUCAGAACUAAGCUUCCGGCAAUCCAUUUAUGGGAGUCGAGAAACACAACUAAAGGUGGUCUGCUUAUUGGCUUUGAGCUUCUCUUUAUAGGGAGCACAAGUUGA